GUACUAGGCUAGUUCCAAUAACUCCGAGUGGAAUAUUUUAGCGGACAUAGCAGUUGUACGGAACAGAGUGAAUACUAAGUACAAGGCAGUCAACAAUAAACUUUCGGAUUAUAUUUAGGAGUAGACAAGCUUACAUCGAAUAAAGAAAAUCUUCAGCAAUGCGAUUGCUCAUAGUGUCAGUGGUUAGUUUGCUGGCGGCUAGGAGUUGUGCGUAUCCGGCCACUGUCUCCGGAUAUCCCUACCGUGCUGAGUUGCUUGCCUAUAGUCCAGCGCGUGGAGAAUUUCCUGUGGUGAAUGCAUUAACGUCCGGUUAUGUAAGUUAUCUCAAUCCACAGGGUGCAGAGCAUUUGAUUGGCUACAAAUAUACUGAGCCAGUGAAAAGCAGGAGAAUCACUAACGAAGAAUAUUUAAAUCAGCUCAUCAAGGGGUCACUUAAUAAAGAUGAAGCUGAGAUCACCAAAGCACGUGAAGAACAUUUUCGUUUAUGGUCAAUUCAGCAGUAUGACCAAUAUAGGCAAGAAACUGAGCGCCUUAAAAUGGCUGGUCAGGAGCCCUCAGCUGAUUUGCUUUCAAAAAUUAGAACACUGGAAACUAUCAUUAUUGCCGCAAGACGCGGCGCUAAUGUCGAAAAUCCACUAACGAAGCAAGUACGCGAUGAACAUUUACAGUUAUGGAAUGGGGCACGUCUGGCAGGGCUGCAGCUGGAAGCUGGAAAAACGAAGCAACAAACGGGUGUUGCCGAGUCAUCAGUGCAACCAAAAAUAUAUUUACGUUUCCAAGGCGCAGAGCUGUCUAAAGAGGCACCAUCCCAAAUUGCAAUUGUGGGUGAAACGGCUGAGCAGAAGAAGGCGCGGGAGGAACACUUGCGCAUCUAUCAGGAGCAAUUGCACCGGGUGCAACAGCUGCAGGCAGAAGCGGGAAAAGUUAGCGUCAGCAGCGCGCAUUUGCCGAAGGAGGCGCGUUCUGAGUACGAGGCCAAACAAGGAGAGCAGCAACAGCAGCAGCAACAACAAGAACAAGAAGUAAAAAUUGUGGAACAUUUGAGUUAUUUGAAGGAGACGCCCGAAGUACAGCGCGCCAAAGCGGAACAUUUGCGUUUGUGGAAUGAAGCUAAAUUGCGUGCACAAAACGAAGACUUCAAACCGGAGAUUAAACAAUUACAGAGUGAGCAGUUUGCGACUGAUGGACAGUAUGUCACAAAGAAUGUCGCAUACAAGUCGGAAAAUUAUAAUAGCCAGGACAAGCAGGCACUAAAAGCGUCAAAAACAGAAAAUCUCGAGAAGCAGAGCAAUAAAUACGAAGGCGAACUAAAGAGUACAUCUGCGCAGCAGACCAACGAGAAGUAUCAGGAUUCCAAAUUGUACAUUGACUCACAAACGCCCACAGCCGUCCAGGACACACCAGAAGUGCAACGCGCUAAGGCAGAGCACUUGAAGAUCGUGGAAGAGUUACAAAAGAAAGCACAAUUUAUUGCAGAAACCGACACUGACUCCAUAAAUGGAGCUGAGCCAGCCAUACAACAACCCACGUCCGCACAACCACUUCAACUGUAUACACCAAUCGCCGCCAAUACGCAGACAGCCACUACAAAAUCCAUCUCCGAUGCUGGUAUUUACCAAAGUCAGCAACAGGCGUACGCUGCAGUGCAAGAAACAGCUGAAGUGCAACGUGCACGAGAGGAGCACCUGAAGCUGGUGAAAGAGGCACACUUGAAAGCCAGUCAAUAUCAAUCACAGAACUCCCAAAUUGCCAACGAGCCAAAACCUACGCUAUACGCAGCAGUAGCUGCAUUAGCAGAUAAAUCAGUUGAACAAUUCAAAAACGAAGAGGUGCGUUUACGUGUCGAGGAGGCAAAACAGCGUGAAGCUGAAAUUCUGGCUGAAGCUGAACGUAUUAAGGAAGAGGAACGUUUGCAAGCUGAAGAGCUGCUACGCUUGCAGCAAGAAGAACAGCGCCGCCAAGAGCAGGAACGUUUAGAACAGUCUAAUGAAAAUAAGGAAGCUGUGCACUAUGCCGAAAAGCCGCAACUACCGGCUGUGGAGCAAUCGAAAGAAACGCUCGAACAAUUAAUCCAAACACAAAUCAAAACAGGCAGCGAUCCCAGUGUAACAUAUGACAUCCGUGAAAAGGAAAAAUAUGCUGCCAAUCCAUAUUUACUGCGUUUUGCAACUACAGCGGCAAAUCAGAUUGGUACACCCGUUGCCACUACUGCCUAUUACAUUGGUGCACAGAAGCCUGGACUUCAGCAACAGAACUAUGCCAAUCCCGGUUAUUACUACCUGCGCGAUACCAGCGAUAGUUACAUCAAAUUGGAUAAUCCCUAUUUCCUGCAAUACUUUACCAACCAACAGGGUGGUAAGGCAACCCUGGCAACUGCUGAUGCAGCAUCGCUUUCAUCCGCACUUGCAGCUUUAAACCAAGGGCAAAAGAGCGAACAACCUCCUGUUACAUCGUUCGCUGAGAAACCAAUUGUGCCCAUCAUACCGAUUGCAUCCAUCGCUCCAAUCACCCCAGCAGGAACAAUUGCACCAGUCACGCCAUUAGCUCCAAUCGCGCCGAUUGCCUCUAGCGCCGUCGCGACCAUGAAAAUCGACUAUGGCAAUGAUCCUGCUUUAGCUGCUUUGGAAAAGGCGACACGCGACCAUUUCCGCGCGCAUGAAAUCGCUUUGGAGCAAUUGCGUUUGGCCAACCAAAAGCAACCGGCGCAAAAGGAUUGCUACUGAAAGUAGAGGUUUAAGGCAGUUUUGGCUCUUUACACAGUUUUAUUAAUACGAAUGUAUGCACAAAAAUACAGAUGAUAUUUUUUAUUGAUUCCCAGAUUCGUGAAGUUGGUAUACUCAUGGACUGGGUUGUUCUAUUUAGUUACUAUAAGCCAUAAUUUUUAGUGUUUAUUUAAUGAAGCAAGUAUUGAAAAACAAUAAAAAAAGAGUUUGAUUGAAAAG